GUAUUUGAUUCGUUCUUGAAUUUGAUGAACGACCCUCACAGCCGCCUGACGACACCAGAGCAGCCAGAGAGUAUAGACGACACUCCCUGGCCUCCUGAAGAGUUGCGUUUGUGCCAAGAGGGUUGUUCUAGGAGGCGUAUUUUGCAAGGGUAAACGUGAAGACUGAUAUUUUUGAAGCGACAGUUGAAGACGAAGACUGACAAAUGUAUUCUUGUUGAUGACUCCCGACUUCUUGAAUAUGAAUUCUUGUGCGACGGACUAAUGGAAUAAAUUAGUUUUAUACUGGGUUAUGAUAAACUUUCACAGUAUGCCAGUGAUACUGCUAGACAGAUUACCUCUCCCUAGUCUACGAGCAUAUACAAUAAUCAGUGUUGUAUUGCUAUCAUGUUCGGUGUAUUAUGCCGUACAAGUGACAAGUGAUCCCAACUGGAAAGCAAAUGCCACAGCGCAAACUGACGAUGAUUCAGACGCAGAAGUACCUGAUCUCGAAGAGACUGACAUUGAGGUUGACAGUCAAAACGUCUCCAUGGGUUUUCAACUUGGUGAGAUGGUGACGUUCAUGAUUCAAGAGCCUCUCUGUAUAUGGACACUGAUCAACAUGGCAUAUUGUUGCUUAAUUCUAUUGGGCAAGUUCAUUCAGAAACUUGUUUUUGGAGAGUUGCGGGUUUCUGAACAACAACACAUCAAGGACAAAUUUUGGAACUUUGUAUUCUACAAAUUCAUCUUUGUGUUUGGAGUGAUAAAUGUUCAGUACAUGGAUGAAGUUGUUCUCUGGUGCUCAUGGUUCUCUGUCCUUGGUUUUUUACAUCUGUUGGCUCAACUGUGCAAGGAUAGAUUUGAAUAUUUGUCAUUUUCUCCUACUACACCUGGAUGGAGUCAUAUAAGAUUACUUGGUCUGCUAAUAUCUAUUUUGAUAUUGUCUGGAUUAUUAUUUUUAAUAUGUGUUGCUGUUGGCUUUUUUGGGGGCUUUAACACUUUCGCCUUCAUGGUGGCUGAGUGUGUGCAACUGAGUGUCCAGACAUUACAUGUAAUUUUGCGUUAUGCGCUGCAUUUGUAUGAUAUGAGGCAAGGAAGUACUGGCACAGCCGGAGGUGCUGUAGGUGCUGGUGCUGGAAGAGUGUGGGAACGUAGAGGUCCCCUUGCUUAUUAUUCUGAGCUUGUUUUUGAAUUGGCGGGGCUGCUUCUGGAUCUUGUGCAUCAUUUACAUAUGUUGCUGUGGAGCAAUAUAUUUCUUUCUAUGGCAUCUUUAGUCAUAUGUAUGCAGCUACGCUAUUUGUGUCAUGAAAUACAAAGACGUGUCAAGAAACAUAGGAAUUAUCUAUGGGUGCACAAUCACAUGGAGCAAAAUUACCCCAUGGCUACUGUGGAAGAAUUGGCUGAAAGUUCUGAUAACUGUGCUAUUUGUUGGGAGAAAAUGGAAACAGCUCGAAAAUUACCAUGCACGCAUUUAUUUCACAAUUCAUGUCUUCAAUCAUGGUUGGAACAGGAUACAUCUUGCCCAACAUGCCGUAUGAUGUUAAACAUUCAAAGCCCUGUAGCAAUGGAAGCCUCUCGGCAUAUUGACCACAAUUUAUUAGCCGGAGAGGGCCCAGACAAUGUACAGAAUGCUAAUAGGAGGCCACCUAAUCACUUCUUCCACUUCGAUGGUUCACGCUAUGUUUCAUGGCUACCAAGCUUUUCAGUUGAAGUUACGCAUACUCAAUUAUUCCGAUCCAAUCAAGCACAGCCAGCUCAAACAUCACAGCUUGAUGCAAUGGCAAGACAGGUUCAGCAGCUCUUUCCACAUGUAGCUCUUACUACUGUAAUUGAAGAUUUGAGAGUAACACGUUCUGUGGAACUCACUAUAGAGAAUGUUCUCGAUGGCCGUGUUGUUGCACCUCCACCAAUGUUUCAACGUGAUUCUGAUCCACCACCACAAAUUCCUGAGGUGGAACUAAUUACUACUGUUGCAACACGUAAUGAACCAACAUCGUGGGAAGACCUGUGUGUUGUGGCUGAGAACAGAGAUGUCUCAGAAAGUGUGGAGACAUCUGCCAAUCUUGGUGGAAGAUUUUCUAAAUCUUCUGCUGAGCGUGAACGAAUUUUGCAACUUCGCAAAGAUCAGUUACUUAUGGCUGCAAGACGGCGUUAUAUGGAGAAACAUCGUCCUGCUGAGCCUGAAACUAGUCCAAGUGAAACUGAUCAAAAAGAUGAAAUGCAGCAGGACAAAGACGAUGAUCAUAUUAUCAAUGCUUCUCCUAAUUCUAGCCUACGACAACGUCAUAUUGACAGUUGAGCUAGUGACAACCAGGUAUCUUUGAAGGCAUUUCAAACAUCCUUCUUCUUAUAGCAUGCUGCAUUGUGAUUCCUUUGGAUUUUUCUUAGCUUGGCAUUUGUCCAAUCGAAGUAUACAUAAAAGCAGUAAGAAUAGUUGGAUGUGAUUAUGGGACUUCUUUGUGGCAUCAGGUUUCAGUUUCCUAUCAGAAUGUCAACUAUAAUAUUAAUAUGCUGUGGUGUUUUAGCCAUACAGAUUUCACAGAAAGGACUGAAACUUGGGAAUGUUUUUUGAGUAAAUCCUGAGUAUAAAAUAGACGUUAAGUUUCAAUGUCCGUACUGUAAAUAAGAAAUUUAGUUUUAACUAUUGUGUGACAUUAAGAAAAUUUUAUUUUUUACCUGAAAACACAGACUUUAGUAGAUUAAGGAUGUGUUCUAUAUUUUUGUUGACAAUAAGUUUGACUAAAUCUUGGGGCAGUUACUUUUCUUUUAAUUGUACAUUGAGUAUAUAUUUUCCUUGCCCAUAUUGCUGCAUUCUUAGUUGCCUUUACAGGGCCUUCCAAAGAAUUUUUAAAGAACUAAGAAGUUCAAGGUUCCGUGUUUGCUGCUGGGUCUGGGUGUUGCAGAACCAUUUCAUAUUCAUUCAGGAGUUAUUGUUAGUGGAGUCAGAAUAAGGAAAGAAUUCUAAUAUAGCGAUAAAGUUAAUGCCUGUGGAACAAAACUUGGCAUUUGUGGAGCGUGUAAGGUUUUGCAUCUGUCCAGUAUAUUUGUAAAGGAAGCUUAAGAUAUGUUAUGGCCCUUUUGUCUAUAAUUGGUCAGAGAUAUACAAUGUAAGAUUUAAAUGUUAAUGGAGGACUUGAAAUUCAUUAGGUGAAGAAUUAGUCCUACAGAACUGCUGUAUAGGAUUCUGUCCCACUGUUAAAAUGAAAAAAAUGGAAACUAGUUGGAACUGGUAUCCAAGUGUUACAUUCUUAGUUGACACAUCUAGUUGUGGUUUGAGUUCUUGCAACUCUGCUUCAAUUGGUACAAGCAGGAUCAAUUUCAGUAACCAGUAACUGGUGGGAAGAAAAUUGUUCGAAUAACUGUAUAUAUAUGUAUAGUGUAUAGCAUGACAACUAGUUAUGUCUUAAAAUAAGACUGAACAAGCUGAGAUCUCUAGAGUAGCAUCUCCUACCAGCAAUUUCAUCUGUACUUCACAGGAGCCAGAAACAGUACAAGGAAUUUGCUCAUUUUGUUUCCAGGUCCAUGCAAUACUAUGUCUUUUAUUUGUGCAUUAAUUAGUCGUACAAAAGAGUGAAGCGAGAAGAAUCAGUUUGCCAUAUAUAUAUGUACUUCUGAAAUACUAAGUGAUACAGUAUUACAAUUCACAUGCAAAAUGCAUAGUAGGACAAAGUUUGAAUUGAGCAAAUUGUCUUGGGUUGAAUGUAUAUUAACAUGGGUAUCAAGGUGGCUCCACACAUUCCGCAUUCGCCGAGUAGCAAGCUACAGUGUGUCAUAUCCCUACAAAUGAUGCACUUAGCGAAUGUUUACUUCCUUUGGUUUGUCCAAAAGACCCACAUCCAGUGGUUAUGGCAAGCUCCAAAUGUUCGUUGCUCAGAAAGAGGUAGCAACCCACUUACACUACUUGAGAUUCAGCAAUUGGUCACUUACAGCUCAUUGAAUACUGAAUGUGUGGCACCACCUUCAAGUACGGAUUGAAUAGCAGGAGCAAAUAGCUUUGGAAGAGAUCUGCUGAUGCUGUGUGUUCCCGGUGUUUUGUAAAUUUAUUCAGCAUUUAUGCUGCUUCUUUUAUGUCUUGGAAAUGAUAACUUUCUCUAAACCAGAACACUUGCACAUUUCUUCUUGGAUUUGGAUCUUGGAACCUAUGCUUUUGCAUGGGAUUUGAGAUGCCUUAUUUGUGGUUUCAUACUACUUAAUAAAGUUGAGUUGCAGCGUGCAAUAAAUACUCAGCCUCAGUGAAAGAAAAAGAUUGUUAUUUUGAACCUGUAAGUUAUCAUUUCUUCUCCAGGUAUGAAUGCUAUGCUCAAGGACUUCCCCUUUCCUGAAAUGUCUUGUACAUUUUCCAUUCCUGCUCAAACAAAAAAGAUGUGCUCUGUAGCACUUAUAAUUUUCUCAGUGUGUGUUUGGGAUAGUCUUGAAAUUUCCAAAAGAUUUCAUUAUGGUGGUACUCUUGAAUAUCAUACUACUUGUGUACUUGAAUUUUUGUGUUGAUGUAAUGUCAGUAUGUUGUAGCAAUGAGCAUUUAUGGUUAACUUUUUCACAAUUGCUUUCUCAUUUUUCAAAAAAAAGCAGAGGUAGUAGAUAAAAUUUCUAAGAAGUCAGGAGUACACGAUGGCGUAGUGUUGAGAACUGAGGAAGGGUGUGUCAUUUUUUAAACUAAGCUGCCAAGGAGGUAAAAGAUCCGUUUUGCUCAUAUAAAGGUGAUUUUCAUGUAUUCUAUAAUUCUUGUGUAUUUUUAGUCCACUUAUCUACAGCAUUGAUUGCAAACAAUUUGAUUCAGAUUCAUUUACUGUAGCUAUAUCAACACAUGAAUUUUGAUGAGAAAAGACCAAUGACCAGGGAGUGUUCUUUAUUUGUAUUAUUUGCUAGUUCAACUUCAUUUACAAAAUUUACUCCUAAUUUUGUCUCAAUAUAGUGUGUGUUAAAAUCAACAAGCUCUUUCAGUCUUGCUUGAUCUAUUAUUUUACAGUGGUAAAAAUGAUGACGAUAAUAAUGGUGGAUGGGCAUGAAAACUUAUGCUUUUUGUAGUUGAGGGGCUGAAGUGAUUUGUGGAUGGACAGGCAUCUAAUUUCACAUAUUACAAAUAUCGUUGUCUUACUGACAUAAAUGUUUUUGUGUUUUUUAAUAUUAUUGAAUUUAGAUAUUCUUGCAAGUUACUGAAACCUUGGUCAGAAUAAAUCAUUAAGUGCACAAUUUCAUAAUGCACUAAAUAUUGAGGCAGUGUAUAAAUGUAGUUGUUCCAGUUACACAUGUUUAAUUAUGCAUUUUUUACUGUAAUUUAUUAAAUCAACGUUAUUAGUCUAAUGGCCUCCCCUAGCUUUCACUGGAAUUUUGUCUUCCUUAGUAGAAUAAACAUCCCAAUCCUAACUGUUUUUUGUGAAUCAUUAAAAAAGUGUCAGAACAUGUCUUCAAACUGCCUGUAAACAUCAUGUACUUUUCCAUCAUAUGCUUUUCCAUUUGCUGCUUGAUUAACUUGAAUUUGAAAUGUACUUCCGUCGCAGGAAGUUGUAUAUUGUCCAAAUAUUGCACAUAAUGAACUUUUUUCACUUGAAAAAAAAUUUGUAAACAGCCAAUUGGGGGCAUGUAUAAUGUGGAUAGCUUUAUAUAUCUGUGGAAGUCUUCAUAGAAAGCAGUAAAAGGCUUUAAUCAUUUUUAUCACUAAUUAGUGAUGUUUGUCUUUGCCGAGCAAGCACAAGAUUUGCAUUUUAUUUUGUGAGUAUAGCUGUAAAACCCUAAGGGUGUAUUUUUGGCAAUGCUGUUGUGCAUAUUCUCAUUAACUAUGUUUAUUAUGGACAGGCUAUUGUUACUAGUCAGUUUUAAUAUUAAUAGGUAAAAAUAAACUAAUAUAUGUGAACCAUCAUACUUUGUAUGCAAAAAGAUUCUGCAAGCUCUGCUUCUGUCUUCAGUGCCAUUCCCAUAUUUGUACAGAGAUUUGCUCAGGCAAAGAGAGGUACUGUUGAAUCAACAGGAAUGAAAGAAAAAAAUAUCAUUUUGAAUAAUAGUGAUGUAAUAGUUUUGAUCAUUCAUCCUUAAACCUAUUUGUUUGUACUAUUACAAGCAGUUGCAGACUUGCUAUUAUUUUCUAAAAUAUCACCAUCCCACCGACUCUUGGUGCACUUUGAUUAAUUAUGGACGUGUCACUGCCUUCUUUUGAAAUACUUAUAUGGUCUGAGGUGUGCUCAGUGCUUUUCUAAGCAAGUCUACCAUCUGUUGCUUUCAAUUGUGCACCAAGUAUUUGUGUAUUUUAAUUUUUUUUUAAAAAAUUGGAAUGCCAAAUGAUAAUUGUAUUAGUUAGAUUACUCUUAAAUGUGUAUAUCAGUAUUUGAGAAAAUUCAUUGCUUAAUUUUCUAAUUCUCAAUUACCCAAGGUAUAUGACGGUUGAAUGCUUUUUCCUCUUUUUCCAUUGUGUUGCUUGUUCUUAUUAAUUUUAAUUCAACGUUAAGUUGCAGCUAUGAGAAAUAAAGCUAUUUAUAUCUCAAUAUAUGACUUUUAAAGCAUCUUUUCCACCUGAUGUGAAUUGUGGUCACUUUAUAUACCUUACUUCAAUUCUAGCUUUGCUAGAUUUUUAUAGGAGGUUCUUAAUAGAAGUAUUGUGUGUGGAAUAAAUAUGAUGAUUGAGUGAGUUGAGGCUGUUCAGAACCAUCGUGUUAUUAUAAAAAAAUCCUUGAAGUAGUUAUUUCUACAAUUCCUAGAAGUUUAAUGUCAAACAUAAAUAACAAGAAAAUUAUUUUCCCAUUGUGCUUUUCGACUUUUACUAAAUUAUUUAGCACUAUAUUUAUUCUCAUUUUAGCAUAUAUUAUAGUAUCAGCCAGAUACAUGAAAAAUAGUAGUUGAAUUUUUAUAUUAUUUUGACUAGCAGAAGUGUUGAUCAUUAUCUGAAGUGUACAUUAUUUUAGUUAAACAGCUUUCUAAAAAUUAAAGAAGUGAUGAUA